AUGACACUCGGAAAGACCUUCAUCAAUGGCGUCGCCAACUCAGUCGAGCGAAGUCUCAGGAGUUGCAUCCUUCACGACCCUUCGUUGAGUCUUAUCGCAUCAGAAAAGGUACUCUACCGACGAACGGAUCAUAGUAAUGACAAAGUCAUUCUCAUUUCUGGCGGAGGCUCUGGCCACGAACCCGCACACGCAGGAUACAUCGGCGAAGGAGCAUUAGACGUCGUGGUCGCUGGCGAGAUCUUUGCCUCCCCUUCCGCUUCACAGAUCCUCACAGGCCUACAGAUUGUCAAGUCAUCAAAAGGAUCGUUGAUGAUCGUCAAGAACUACACGGGCGACAAGCUUAACUUUGGCCUCGCAGCAGAGAAGGCAAAGGCAGAAGGACAGAAGGUUGAGAUGGUCAUCGUGGGAGAUGAUGUUUCAGUCGAGGGAAACACGCUUGUUGGUCAGCGUGGUCUUGCUGGGACAGUCUUCUGCCAUAAGAUCGCUGGCGCAAAGGCAGCUCAGGGAGCCUGCCUCGAGCAAGUCGCCUCUAUUACAAGAAAAGCCGCUUCGCAAAUGGCCACCGUCGCAGCGAGUCUCGAUCGAUGUAGCGUUCCCGGGCGGGUGACUCAAGAAGCCCUUCCCCACGACCAACUCGAAUUCGGAAUGGGAAUACACAACGAGCCGGGUGUCAAGCGCGAAGAAAUCACGAGCUUGGAGGUUACGGUUGAGAAGGCAUUGAGCAUGAUGUUCACUCCCAAAGCCAGUAUGUGGCAGCCAGGCAAGGGGCAGCGGGUAGCUUUGAUGGUCAACAACCUGGGCGGCUUAAGCGUCCUAGAGAUUGGCGUUGUCGCGGAUGAGGUGGUAAAGCAAUUGGGUCAAAGAAGCAUACAUAUCGAAAGGAGUCUUGUCGGCACCUUUAUUACGUCUCUAGACGGGCCUGGCUUCUCUAUCACUCUACUGUCACUCGACGAUGAGUUGACGGACUUGCUUGACGCUCCCACUACAGCACCUGCUUGGCCACGUUCGAUUCACGGCUGGGUAACUGAUAAGAUGUCUGUAUCGAAGCGCGAGACCAUAGUCCCGGUUGCGAAGGCCAAUACUAGGGAGACGGGAGUCAAAGUGCCGACAUCACUUGUCAAGGUUCUCAUUGAAUCAGUAGCGCGAACCACAGCAAGGGAUGAACCAAAGAUUACAGAAUACGAUACGCUUGCAGGUGAUGGAGACUGUGGAGAGACACUUCUGAACGGAGUCACUGGUCUCUUAAAAGAGUUUGAAAACGACGGCGCAGUUUCUCUCGACAUUGGCCAAGUUUUCCGCCGAACAGCGACAACCGCAGAAAGGAGCAUGGGCGGCACGUCGGGUGCUAUCUACGCCAUCUUCCUCAACGCUGUAGCGAACCGACUCUUAGAAUUGACUGCCAACUCUUCCUCGCUUACAGUCUCUGAGUUCAUACAACAAGCUCUUCAAAGCGGCCUAGACGAGUUAUGCAGAUACACACCCGCGCGAACCGGCCACCGCACACUAAUGGACGCACUUAUACCGUUUGUCAAGAACUAUUCUCUGGAUGGUUCCCUGAAGGCCGCUUUAGCAGAGGCACGCAAGGGCGCUGAGAGUACACGGAAGAUGGUAGCGGCCCUGGGACGGGCGAGCUACGUUGGACAGGACCGAUUUGACGAAGAGGGCGGUAUUCCUGACCCUGGAGCUCUUGGUGUUUUUUCUGGAGCAUUUGCCGAUCACGAGUCUUUUUUGGUAUGGCAGGUCGGAACCCCAGAUUUUGGCGUCUACAAUUGCCCUGCCUCUCCAACUUUUGGACAUCUUGACCCUCGCCUUCACCUUCAUCUCCACCCGUUCUCCCAAUACCCUAGCCAUAUCACCCAAUUUUCACCUGAGAUCCCAACUCCGGCUACAGUUGACUUAUGGACCGUCCCUCCGCAUCCCGGGCCCGAGUCCGGUCCGAACCCAUCAAGCACAAGCGGACCCGCUCCGGAUGUCUCAAUUGCAGGCGGAAGAAGCAUUGCGUUUCGAGCUGAGCAUGCUCAAUGCUUAAAUGCGCGGCAUCCUUCGAUGCGGAAGAUGGCGAGGAGGAGGCAGCCAAGGGAGUUUGAGAUUCUGGAUGUGACGGAUGAAGUCAUUCGUGAUUACAAUGGUGCUGAGACAGAGGAGGAGGAUAACGAGACUAGUGAAGAUCGUGCACGGACAAGCACUUCUGGUCGCUCAAAUCUCAUCGUCGGCGGAAGACCUCGCGCCGCAAACAAUACGCCAAGUGGCUAUGUCUCUAUACAGCGACCACCAGCAAUCGAUAUCUCAUCGCCGACAUCACAGCGCCAGACCGAAAACGCCGUAGCCGACCUACUUUACUUCAGCCAGAACGGGCAAUCUUCUCAUUCCUCAGUCGACAUUGAUCCUGCCCUGCAGGUUUCCAUGGAGGCAGUCCCAAUCGACAUAAUAGCAGACUAUCCGUACAUUGAUCAGAUGCAAGCAUUUACCCCUGAGGGCGUCUCCGAGGAUGGUAUCUUCUUGCCAGGCUCUGCCUACCACGAGCUACACUCGACACUCCGUAAUCACCUCAUCCAAGAGACUCGAUCAAUUGCCCCAACAAGAUCAACAACGCCGCAUAUAGAGGUUGACAGCUCAGGGGGCGUCUCCUUGGAAGAGACCGAGGUCACGAUCCCAAUACUAGAGUUUCAGCCCUCGCAGACACCUCUACUCUCUCAGCAGGAGGAAUGCUCGCUAUGGAAGAACUACUUUGACGAAAUUGCUCCCUGGCUCGACAAAUUCGAUCGAGACCGCCAUUUCCAGCAGAUUAUCCCUACAAUGAGUAAAGACAAUGAACACUUGCGAUACUCAAUGCUGGCCCUCUCAGCACGACAACUCGAACUUAAGCAUACGCUACCGACGAACCGUAGCCUCGCCCUAUACCAAGAAGCCAUUCAUAUGCUCCUACCACAUUUGCCGACCCGCGGGACAGCUGUUAUCGCCACGUGUGUUAUCCUUUGUGUGCUGGAGAUGUUGAGCUGUUCACCGAAGGCAUGGCAGCGACAUCUCGAUGGCUGUGCGAGCCUCAUGGAAGCUGUUGGCAUCAAUGGAUUUGUAGGAGGGACAGAACAAGCCUUGUUCUGGUGCUUUGCGCGUAUGGAUAUCUGCGGAGGCCUCAUAUCAUCUGUCAAGACUCUCAUUCCCAUCUGCCAUUGGGCCUCCAAGACGUUAUCGAUCGAAAACGAUGUUGAGCUCUUUAAGAAUGCUUCAACGUUUGAGGACUGGGCUAAUUAUGCUGUGUACCUCACCGCUCAAGUCCUUGAUCUGUUGGCUGCCUCCCCUGCUGAUCCAACUCGCGACGAAGCCAAGUUUCGGACUCGAUGGCUCAAGUUAUGGAAGUAUAUCUCUGAAUGGUACCAAGACCGCCCAGCUCCAUUGCAUCCCAUCAUGACAAUCCCUUCGAACGAGUCCUCACCCUUUCCAACGAUUUUGUACUCGAACCCUGCUGCCAUGUCAGGGAAUCAAAUGCAUCACGCAGCAUCGAUUCUUAUGCUACAAAACCAACCGUCGACAGUACGACUAGGUCAUGCUUCCAAACCAAGAAGUAUCCUUUGGCACGCAAGGCAGUGUGCAACCGCUGUGGAUUGCUGGAAGAUGCAUGAGCCAUCCGAGUGA